UCCGUCGGUCGGGCUGACGGGGAGAGCCGAGAGGGGGCCAGGCAAGCAGGCAGGCUCCCGGCAGCCAGAGGCGAACGGUUUAGCCGCACCUGUGGCGGCCAGAGAGCCGAGUUAGUUGGGCAAGUCGCUGGCUGGCUGGCUGGGUGAUGCCGCCGCCGGGGCAGGAGCGGGUGGUGCCGGUCCUGGGGGCGCGUUGCAGGACCCUCUAUCCUUUCUCCGGGGAGCGACACCGACAUGGGCUUCGCUUCGCUGCGGGAGAGCUGCUCACCGUUCUCCAGGCGGGGCCCGACGGCGGCUGGUGGGAAGGGGAGACCGCCGAAGGGCUGAGGGGCUGGUUCCCGGCCAGCUACGUCCAGCUGAUCGAGCAGAAACCUAGGAAGAUCAUUCCUCAAGCAGGAGAAGAUGCUCAAAAUGGCCACCUCCCACCUGGCUGGCAAAGUUAUAUGUCUCCCCAGGGGCGAAGGUACUACGUGAACACCUUCACCAAUGAGACUACUUGGGAGCGGCCAAGCAGUGUGCCUGGGACCCCAAAGAGCCCUGUGACACAGAAGAAUUCCUUACCUACAGUGAAUGGGUAUCACAUACCAGGAACUCUGGUACCCCAGCUAGAACCAAACCACAUGAGUCUCCGUAAAGUCAGCAGUGACCCCCAGAGUCCUGGGCCCCCCUCACCUACUCGAAAGCAGAGCAAGGAGACCACCUUCACGAUAAACUGUGUGACUUUUCCCCACCCUGACGCAAUGCCAGAACAACAGUUGCUGAAACCUUCCGAAUGGAGCUACUGUGAUUAUUUCUGGGCUGAUAAGAAGGAUCCUCAAGGAAACAAUACUGUCUCAGGAUUUGAAAUACUCCUACAGAAACAACUGAAAGGAAAGCAAAUGCAGAAAGAAAUGGCAGAAUUUAUUCGAGAAAGGAUAAAGAUUGAAGAAGAAUAUGCCAAGAACUUGUCCAAACUAUCUCAAAAUUCCCUGGCUUCCCAGGAGGAAGGAACGCUUGGAGAGGCUUGGUCUCAGCUGAAGAAAAGCCUGGCUGAUGAGGCAGAGGUUCAUCUCAAGUUUUCCUCCAAGCUCCAAGCAGAGGUGGAGAAACCUCUUCUCAACUUCAGAGAAAACUUCAAGAAGGACAUGAAGAAGUAUGACCAUCACAUUGCUGAUUUGAGAAAACAGCUGGUUAGUCGGUAUGCCGCAGUGGAAAAGGCCCGGAAAGCAUUAUCGGAGAGGCAAAAGGACUUAGAGAUGAAAACACAGCAGUUGGAGAUAAAACUCAGCAACAAGACAGAAGAGGAAAUUAAGAAGGCUAGGCGGAAGUCCACUCAAGCUGGAGAUGACCUCAUGCGUUGUGUGGAUCUGUAUAAUCAAGCUCAGUCAAAGUGGUUUGAAGAAAUGGUGACCACUUCUCUGGAACUUGAGAGGUUAGAGGUGGAGAGAGUGGAGAUGAUUCGGCAGCACAUUUGCCAAUAUACACAGUUGCGGCACGAGACAGAUAUGUUCAACCAAAGUACAGUAGAAUCGGUGGAUCAGUUGCUUCAGAAAGUGGAUCCAGCCAAAGACAGGGAACUGUGGGUAAAAGAACACAAAACAGGUGAUAUCAGACCUGUGGAUAUGGAGAUAUAGACUGCUGUUACCGGCUGUAGGUGGUGGGCUCCUUGGCCCAGCUAUGUUCGAGAGAGUUCUGUAAAUCCUCAGGAGGGAAAAGAAAGACAUUCUGCUGUCUGCUUCCUUAUAUAUUUAUUAUUGCCUGUAGGGACUAUUUCUGUCAUGUUUGAUCAUUAUUUCAUUUCCUGUUGUGGUUUGCCUUAAACAUCAAACAUUCCAGGGUUGAGAAGCCACUCUUUUUACUUCCUUUCAAAAUGGGGUCCCAGCAGCCAAGCACAUGCAGCUCUCGUGACAAACUGUGGGCCCUGUAUUUCUGGUACAAAGAGAGUUUUGCUAUUCUGUGAUUUUGACUGUUUCAUGCUAUUCCCUUUGCAUGAUGCUGUGUUUGUACAGUAAUGUUAGACAUAAUACACUUCUGCCAAACAAACCAGACAGCUGAAUAUGAACGUGACUUUGGAAGGUGGGACAUCCUCCUGAAUAUUGCCACUUAAUUUGAUGGGAGUGGUGAGAGGGUUGCAAAAGUCAUUCCUGUCAUCCCCUUACACUUUAUGAAAUGGCAUUCAUAAAAUUGCUUACCUACCUCACAGGGGUGUUGUGAGGAUAACAGUAAAGCCUGUACAAUAUUAUUUUUUAAACAAACCCCAACUCCCCUAACUGCAAAUGCUGUUGUGAGGCUAUAGUGAAAUGGUGGCUUUUUCAGUACAAAAGAAAAUGAGGUAAUGGGUCAGGUGACAGUACAAAAGGUUUGGUCCUUUUUUAUAUACCCUCUCAGGUACUUACUGGCUUCAGUCCCCAAGCCACUUACUCUCAAGGUCUUCUUGACUUCUCCAGGAACUAAUCCUGAGGAAGUAAUCUGAGAAUUGCAGCCAUUUAUCAUACCCUCCAGAAGAAGAAAAAAAUGCCCUCCAUUGAAAAGAUGUUAAGGCCACACUGGUUAGGGCCCUGAUGUUGUACAGCAGAUAGUUUUCAAAGAACCUUUUCAAUGCUUCUCUUGGAAGGCUGUAACCAAAUCAGUUGAUCAAAGCAUAGCUUGAUCUUUACUUUCCACCAAAUAAAUUAAGAGUUUACAGACUACAGAGAGGGCAGGACUUCCUAGCUGACAUGUCUUACCUCAAACCUGAGUUACCCGAAAGAUGGAUUUAUCUAAUUGCUCUUUGUUGCAUCACAAGCACAUUGCAUUUAUGCCACAACAACAUCCAAGUGGAAUUAGCUCUUUUGGGAGGAUUUAACAUGACUUUGGCUCUUGAGCUCCCACAUCACAGCAACCAUUUUAAAACAAGGGUGUUCCAUUUUACAAUGUCACAGAGUUCAGUCUGUGUUAGAUCCGUUCACAAGACUUUAGUUCCCAACAUGGACUGAUUGCCAAAAAUCACCACAAGUAAGUUUGAAGUGAUUGUAUAAAUCCAGCCAAUGAUGCAUUCUAAAGCUAAUUUUCUGAAGUGCAGCUAUUUCACUGAAUUAUGAUGGGUCCCCAAGGCCUUACCAGUCGAUCCUGAGCUCCAAAAUGUUGAGAACUUUUGGAGAAGAACCACAGUAUUCUUUGUCCUUUUUUUUCCUCCUCAUUUGUCUUGGUCUUGCCUUGAUAUUUGUAUAGAUUAGAACAAAUAUUCACUGUGAGUUAACAGAUUUCCUUUUAUUUCUUGUACUGCCAAGUUUUUGUUUGAUCAGUUGUCAUAAGCAAAUGUGAGGAGCAUCUUUUAUGUCUUGAGUUUUCUUAAUUAUUUUUCUGGAAUGCAUGUGUCAGUACUAUGGCCAGGUUUCUUAUAAUGAUCACUAAAGAAAUGUUUUCAUUUUAUUUUUGAAUGAUGAUAAGUGUUGCAGUUAAGCUGAGUUCCUUGACCUUUUAAAAUUCAUUGUCCAAGGGGCAGUGGGAGAGAGAAGUUUGCUUUGCUUGGUUCUAUCAGACUAGCUAUUACAAUUAGUUACAACACUAGCUUAACCCAAUUUGAUUAUUCUUAUCUACUCUUCCUUUUUGUUUGCUUUACUACCAAUGAAAUACUGUGAGGGGGGGUUACUUCUAGUGUAACAUCAGGUUUAUAAUAGGAAACAUAUUUUAUCCUUUUCCCAAGAAGCUGACCAUCAAGGUUUCAAAAAGAACUAUUUAUCCUGUUGGUACGUGUGGGGAAAUUGAGACUUGGACAGAUCCCAGCAUUAAGAAGAUUUUCAAGGCAUCCAUUCAAUUCUUUUUCCUGUUUUGAAACCACAGUCAUAUUUCCAUAUUCUGUACAUCUUUCAUCAACUUGCCAUUCUCCGGAGCAUCAGCAUCACCAUUUAUUUUCAAGGCCUUUUCCUGGCUUUCUCGCUUAUUACUAUUUAGCAUGAUCUAGACCUCAUCCUCUAGUUCAUUUUCCUUCAAAUGUAUUCUCAGUUAUCAACCAAUAUAAGUGAAACUGCCCACCCAAAUUGUAAAAAAAAAAUGGUUACAUCUCCCAAAUUAUAUUUUAAGAUUCUCCUCUAGCGUAUUAACUGUAAAUAAUUAACAUGACUUUUGCUCUUGAGCUCCUGCAUCCUGCAGACACAACAUUGUCUGGCUGAUUUUGUUCUCGUGUGUCUGCUGCUUUCUACCAAAUAAGAAUUGUCUCCUUUUUGUUCCAUGUACAUCCCUCACCAUUAUUUUCCAUGUUACUGGUGCGUUUCUCACUGUUUUUUCCACUGGGAGCUCCAGAGCCUGGGGAUACCACAGUGCCCUGCUCUACAAUUUUCAUUUUGAGGAACCAUGUCUUUAAAAGCCCAGCUGCCCUGGGCUCCUGCUGGGAGGAAGGUCGGGAUAUAAAUCAAAUAAAUAAAUAAAAGGAAGUUCUCCAAAACAUUUAAAGAUUAUAGACUAAUUUAUAGGUCUCUUGUUACUACAUUGCAGCAACCUCAAAUCUAUAAAUUAAUCAGCAAUACGCUCUGGCUAGUUUUUUGUUACUUGUUUUGCUAUCAAUGUACCAGAUUAACUUUUUCAUCUUUCUGAGUUGGUACAACAUCUUCACACUUUUUUUUAAUUUCGGUUUUGCACCAGCCUCUUCAUACACAUUGAGCUCUAAGAUUUGCACGACCAAUUCCAUCAGGUUCAGUCCAUCAGUACCGCCCUCUAACAUCCUCAUUUCUCCUUCAUCAUAAAACAAAUAUAUAUAUAUGGAUAGAACUAAUUUAAUAAUUGUUCUUGAAGCCUUAAAGUAGGCAUAGGUGGCUUCAAGUAGAGGAGGAGGGCAAGCAGUGUGGGGCUAGGGGCUGUUGAGCCCUUUCCUUUCCCACAAUUUGCAAAUUCUGAGUGGACAAAUAACUGGCAAGGAAAAGAUUAAACAGCCCCUUUCUUUGCUCUGCUGGUUCUCUGCACAACCUGAUGCAACCCACAAUUGCUUUUCAUGACAUAAGAAAGCCGUCAGGGAAAACAAUCACGGAACUACACCUAAGCAUUUCACCAUAACGGGGCAUUCAUUUUACCCAAGCUUGUUCUCAGGAUCUUUCUUUGCUGUGCUACUUUAUAUUUCCUAACGUAUAUGCAUCUAAACUUACUUGGCUCCAAAACACAGAAUGAGAGAAGUGUACAAAUAAUAUUUAAAGGGGGGAAAAACAACAAAAAAACUCAGCAUGCCAGACUUGUUAUGCUCUUUCUCUAUACUUGAGGUUCAAAACAUCAUUGCCUCCAUUUUUCUCCUGUGCCAUCCCCAUGGACUUUUUAUUGGAUGUCAUUACUUUUAUUAUUAUUUGAUUUACUUUGUGAAUGCUAUUUAUUACAUUCCUACUAUUGUUUUCUUAAUUAUAUUAAAAUGACGUUUCUGGUAUGACUUACAGUCAUGAGAUAGUUUGCAAGUACUGUUCAUGUUCUUCACUUCAGUUUUUUUAAAUAUCUGUUCAUAUUUAACAGGGAUUUCCAUGAGAUUUGCCAUACGUGAAUAGCCAAUUUUUGUUAAAUCUUAUUUCUAGCUGCUUAAUUUGUCAUUUUACACAGCACUCAUUCCUUAUGCACUUGCCAAUAUUAAAAAAUAAUAAAUUGAAAUAGGUCAUAACCAAUUUAUUCUUUCCAAUUUCACAAGGAAGAGUUUUAUGGCUCUGUGAGGAUUUCUUUCUAACCUUUCCAGACUAUUCUGAGAAAAGGUGUGUUUGAAGAGAUAAUUGUAUUUUUUUACAAAAAAAAACUUUUAAGCAGUUUCAUGGGGUUGUAUUCAGCUAAGUCCUAAUCACAGCAAGCCCAUUAAAAUUAAUGAACCUAAGUCAUGUCUAUUAAUUUCAAUGAGUCUAGUACUCUGAGGAGAACUAGCACUGAAUACCACCCAUGACUUACAAUGACUCUGCUGUUUGACAGGUUUGUUUAUUAACAGGAACUCUGAGCAUAUCGAGAUACAGAUCCAUGUAAACCAGUGGUGAGGAGCCUCUGGCCUGCAGACCUCAUCAGGCCUUCCUCCCCUUGUGGCCUGUGGCCAUGUGGUUUGGAAUUUGUCAUAUGAAAUCAGGUAUGGGACAAGUAAACCCAUGUGGCCAAAAUGAACAGGAAGAAUCAGGUGCUCUAAGUGUGCUCACAAUUGUUUCUUUCCAGCCACUGGAAUAAUUCAACACCUUUUGAAUUCAGUGCCUUUUUCUAUCGCACUGCAGUAGCAAAAAGAGCCAAAUUACAGUUAGAAAGGAAACAUGCAUGAGCUUUGGAAACGCAGCUUGAAUUUAAGUCAGGCUGCGGAGGAAGAAUCAGGAGUUCACUUUGAGGGUGUUAUUUAUUCUUUCUUUGAAGUUGAAUCACCUAGGUGAUUGAAAGGCAGGCAGCCCAUCCACCUGUCAAAGUGGCCUGAAGGGGUGGGGCCAGACCUAGCCCUGAUGUAGGUGAAUGAAAAUAUAAUUAACAAGUAGGACCUACAUCAAAAUGUUCAUGAUACUUUUCCAAAAAUGUUCAGGAUACUCGAUUCCAUUCUCCCUCCACCUAGUUUUGCAUUCUCUUUCUCUCCCCAUCCCCACCAACAGUCAGCAUUAUAUGGCUACUGAGCAUGUCCAGGUCUUCAUUGUUACCUCUUCUUUGUGCGUGGUUGUUGUCAUUUAGGCUUCACUUGGAGAACUGAGAUCGUGAUUAGUAUAUAUGAUGCUAUUCAUACCAUGGUGUAGUAUCCAAAUACCAAUACUUACUUUUUUUUAAUGCAGAUCAUCUGAGCUUUGCUUAGGUACUAUGUUUGUCCUUGUCUGCUAUUUUGCACUAUCUAUAUGGUUUUCAUUGUUUUGUUUCAUUUCUCCUUAUGUAGUGUCUUUAAUGAGAUCUGUCAAGAACACCUCCAAUCCUGACUCUUUCAACAGCACUUGAUGAUCUUCUAUAUUCUAUAUACCAACCAAUUAGUACUUCAUUUGCAAAGGUGGGCACUUGAACGUUCAGGUGACACUGCAUCAUAGUGGUCAUGUAACCUUAGCUCUGCCCCAUUGUGUACAUGCAGUUCCUAAUGAAACCACUACACACUGUUGAUAAUCCUUAUCUUGAAAAAUGUGAUCUCUGGUGAAUGGGGCUGGGCUAACUUAAGUUGGCAUGGCCAAUUCUGUAUUUAGAAAAGGAAGCCUGGGAAUUUGUUUUGAGUUUGCAAUCCAAAACAUUUUUUCUUAUAGAUUUCUUAUAGAAAAAACAUUUCUAUGUAGAACAUGAACAAACUUAAGCACAGUGCUUGUCUUCCAUGCCACACAUCCUCAUGUAGCUAUCUGCUGCUUCUCUAUUACAAGCGCCCCUUUCUUCUACUGGGGCAUCUAUCUCUUCAAAGUAUUUGUUGUAUUUCCUUGACUUUAUUCAGGGACAUGCCACCUGAUCAUUUUCCUAAGACGUAGCUUUACUCUAGCUGCAGCUAAGUGUAAUCUUUUACAGCACAAUUCUAUGCAUUUACUCAGAAGUAAAUCCUGCAUUAAGUAGGGCUUACUCUGUGGUUCGUGUCUUGUAUUAUUGUUUUAUCAAGCAUUAAGGCUGCAAUGUUUUUAUAAGCACAGGUCUUCCAAGCAAGGCCUACUAAAUUCCUGCUGCAAAACAUACUCAGCUUCAAUGCCAGCUCUGGUGUUGUAGGGCAUUCAAGAGGACCAUUCUGUAUGUUUUCAGAGUAUACCCAUCACAAGCUCCGUUUGAUCAACUAUGAAGAAGCUCAAGUUCUCUAUCAUCAUCCUUCCAUCUUUGAUUUUCUCCCCUACAGCUUUGAUGAAGUCACUUUGAAAAUUCUGAAUUCCUUCCAAUACAUCUGUUGUUCUGUCAUGUACUUCUGCCUGCAGCCAGCCCAGAAUUUUGCCAGCUGCCCACCCUCUGUAUAAUGUGAACUGAGAGGGGAAAGUAUACUUGCUGCUAUUUUCUGUCACAGGCUAUGCAAGAUUGUGCUAGGUUUUGCUUAACAAUGCUACUUGGGCUGCCUUCACAGCUGCUUUCUGUUGGCAUGCUGACCCUGUGUUCCAUUGUUAGCAACACAGAAGUACAAUCAUAAGGAUGGCCUGUGAGCACAGAAGGGCUUUCACUGGAACAUCAGUUUUCAUCUUAAAAAAAAAAUUGGGGGAGAGGCAUGACAGAUGUGUAGAAGGCCAUGAACAGAAUACAAGCUCAAGAACAUCUGAGGAAAUUAACAGGCAACCAUUUUGAAAGGAAUGGAAGAGUAAAAUGAUUCUCAAAAUAUCAUGCACAAUUAAUCUGAACAGCUACUUGCCAUCAGAUGUUUGAAGGUCAUACAGUUUUAAAAAAAAAAAAAAGAAUUAGGAAAAUGAAUGUGUGAUUCAUGGUCAUCAAUAGCAAGUUAGUCAAGUUGGCUAAGCAUUUUCUUUAAUUGCCACCAGGAUGAUUCCCCCCAUCCCUGCCCCCCAGUAGCUGGAAGUAAAUGACAAAGGCUGGUUCCAUCCUAAUUGCCCUGUUUUGUACACAUUUCCUCCUAUGCAUCCAGGAAUAGCCUCAUUCAGUUUCAGGACACUGAUAAUUGAUCUGAGCUUGACAGCUGCUGAUAUAAAGCUCCGUUUUGAUCUCCCUCCCCCUUAUUUGCUUACAAAUCCAUUCAGUCGACGUGUGGAAUUUAGAGAGAGGCUGAGCAGGCUAUUACUAUAUCGUGUGGGGCAUGAGGGAGUGUAGCCCAGGAAUGAGAUGUAUCUGUAAUACCCCAGACUUGUUAUCAAGCCGUGAAAUAAUAAAUUACAGAUCUUGCAAGGAAAGUUUUUUCAUAGCUGCAGCAACAGCAUUAUGGGUAGAAUAGAGCUUCUAAAAUAUCUUUCAUUGUGGAGUGUUGAGUGGGCAUCUUCUGCAUAUGGUACAUAUUUCCAUUAUAAACAAAUACUGAUUUUAUGCCAGUUUAAAAGUCAUAGCUUCUUCCAAAGAAUCCUAGAAACUGUGCUUUGGUGAAGAUGCUGAGAAUCCUCUGUUAGAGAGAUAUCUAGCCAUCUCUUCAGAACUGCAGUUCCCAGGGUUACCAAGAAAGAGUAAAUUACUGUCAGACUGGUUAAAAUAUGUAGUGCGGAUAUGGCCUUGAUUUAGGAGGUUCAGUACUUGUGUAUAUAGUGUGGAUAAGGAUAUGUGAAUAGUGUAAAUAAGUAAACUUUGUCCAGUCCAAUACCUUAAAUUCAAUUUGUCUCCAACAGUUAGUAUUCAUUGGUUGCAUGAACUCAAUAGCUGAUUCCGCUCUCUCAAUACUUGCACCAAAGGUGGAGAUGACCCUCAGAUCCUGUCCAUGAAAUCACUAUACCUAGUAACUAAGAUGUGUCAUAGUGGAUUUUGAACCUCAGAGGCAUAGCAUGCAGUUGCACCUGGCAGAAAGACCUAAAAACUUCCAAACAGUAUGAUUAGUGUCCAUGCUCAAAUUUAGCAUUAGGUAACCAUACACUCUGCCAGGAGGUGGCACCGCAUGUAUUACAUUUUGCUGAUUUUGCAUGGGUUUUUAUUGCUUGACUUUUCUGUGAUUCUGUUUUUCUUUAGUUUCAUCUGAGCAAGUCAACCAAAGUGUUUGUAGAAACGAAUGGGUUGUGCACAUCUGUUUAGGGGAUGUCUUGAGAGUCUGCAGCCAUUGUUCACUGAGGAGCAAGGCAAUGUUCUUUAGUCUCAUAAUUGCUGUAAAACAAAACACUGCAUCCCCAUAUGAAUGGGGCCCCAACUCAUGUGGCAAUCGGGUCUCGGUUUUGAGCCAGUAAAGGUUUUUGCUUUGUUAUAUUUAUUCUAUAUCCAUUCAUACAUGCUUCAGAAUACUUUGCUGAGGCCUAAUUCAGACAGUCUUUUUGUCACAUUUCCAAAUGUUUUCUUUCUUUUUUCUUUCAGUCUUUCACUUUCAACCCUCUAGCAUGAUUUGUGCAGAUGUUAAUACUAAAAAAAGAAGUAUAUUUAGGUAAAUACACAACAUUUAAAAAAGUAUUUGAGAAAUAUAGUAAGCUUCUUCUGUACGCUACAUUGUUCAUUGUGGUAUGGUGGCCCGCUUCUGUGAUACAUUCUUUGUUCAGCUGACUUAGUUUGUUUACUUUAGAUUCUAAAGUUUAGAAUGUCAAGAGGCAGUGCACAAUAAAUUAUGGUGUGAAGGGGAAUGGGGAAAGUUUCCAAAUAUAGAAAAUUGGAAAUUUAGAGAAAUUCUGUUUUAAAAAAUGUGUUUUUCCCAAACUUAUAUUAUUUCAGACAAAAUUGUUUUUCAUCUUGUAGGGAUGUAAAGAAAAAAAACUUAUUUUCAGUUGUGUUCAAAGAAUAGCCCACAUUGAGUAUUUGGGGAAAGCCUAUCUUCCUUUGCUGCUGCCACUGCCCUUCUUACCAGCAAACCCCAGCAAUGUAGUUAAAUUGGUCUUGCUGUGGGGCUACUUUGCAACUGGUUUACUGGCUGGUUUUCACUCUGAUGUUCAAAUGCCAGUUUGGGCAUUUUGAAUGCCAACACCAAAAAAAAUCUUUUAGAGAGAAAAUCCUCCCCGGAUUAUUAGAUCUUGCAUUUCUGAGCUCAGAAUCCUCUCUGUGGAUUUUUAAUAUGGGAAUUUUUACAGAUUUAAUACUAGUAGAUUAUUGCAUAACACACCAUGAAAAAGUGAUGCAGAGCCUCUUUUACCUUUAGACUAUGGCACAUUUUAAACUUUGCCUCUCCUUACACAAGACUAUUGCCGAGAGGGUGCUCAUUAACAUUUAAGCAGAUUAAUUCAAAGUUUGGCAGCAUUAGAUCCAAACUUACAUGCUCCUGGUCUUCCAAGUGAGGCUUGUGGAGGAUGCUUUGAAUGGAAAUUGUAAACAUUUUGGAUGUUUAGAGUGUGUAGUAAUUUUUCUCAUGCCAAUAUUCUUAGGUCUUUUGACCUUAAAGUACAUUAAAUAUGGUUAGCAGAGAAACUCAAGACUUUCUUCAGUAUUUGAGUACCCAAUUCGUCAUGCCUGUGUAGCAGCAAUAAUGUUUGUUACAGAACAAGGACAUGAAUAUGGCUGCAAUCUAUUGUAGAGCAAAGUGAAUUUAAGUCCGAGUGUAAUCAAUGAAGCUUGCAACUAAUGCAUGUUUACUCAGAAGUGUUCCCAAUAAGUGUGCAUAGGAUUGCAGCCUUAAACAACUUUAACUAUGCUGGUUGCCUUUAAAACCUGACAAAUAUAACCUUCUGUUCCUCUCCUAAAUUGGUGUGUAGUAGAAUUUCUGUUAUCUGUACCUUGGUUAUCCAUUUCUCCAGUGAAUCUGAAUUCACUGUAUGUCUCCCAUGUCAGAGUAGCGUUAUGAAAGUAACACUCCCUUUUAUCCACACUUGUGUUUCCAGACACUUUAGACUUACCACACAAGCUGUAUGGAUAAACAAUUCAGAUUGUAUUUGGUUUCACCAUUCACAAGUAAACUGAAAUUGCAUUAUUCAGUUCUACAGAUGUAAUAGAUUUGGAGAGCAGAUCUGGCCUGUAAGUAGCUCUCUGCAAAGCAGUUUUUUAAAAAAUAAAAAUAAAAAAUGACAUUGCCUAUCUGGUCUUUUUAUCCUAUACCUUUUACUAAACACUUUCUAAAUUUUUACAGUAAAAUGUGUCUUUUGCCAGCAGUAAUGGCUUUGAACUUUGUAAUAAAACUUAGAUGCAGAUUUUUUUGACUGACUAGACAUUUAAAAACUUAAUUCUACUGCAAGCUCUGUGUAUCAAUAACAGUAGUGAGACUUUAAUCAAUGUGAAAACUGUUAAUAUGGCUUUUUUGUCCCAUGCAAUUGUAUGACUAAAACGCUGCUGCCGAAGAGCUAAAUGCCCAUUAAGAUUCAAGGGCCUUGUUGUCAGUUCAGGUAUGUGUCCUAAAUGUUAAUGUCACUGGAGUUGCACUGAUUUGCCCCAGCUACAGAUCUAGCCCUUAAAUGUUGAAGGUAUUUGCUAUACAUUUUUCUGUGUUAUGUACAAACAUUUCCAUAAACUUUGUAUUUUCCUCUAUUUUAGCAAGUUUAUAUUAUGCACUUGAACAGCUUUGUCUCAUCUCAUGUAAAAUAAACUGUACAGUCCAUUAAA